AUGCGUUCCAUGCCGUGUCCUUGGCGUUCCAGUCCCCCGCCAGGAUGGUCGGCCCUGAGGACUGGAAUAGCGCACGCAGAGCCGGAGGUCUCCGUUGGCCACCCUAAUGUCGACUCCGAGCGCCGUGAAGGAGUCAUAGGGCACGAAGUCGACAGGAUGAUGGAUCUUCUGACCAUCACGGUUACUCCGCGGAACGAGCGUCCCUGCUGGUUUACCUCGUUCCGUUGUGUGUUCUCUAGCGCGUACCGGAUCGCCUCUGGACCGUGGUUGGCUGCUGCUUCUAGCUGGCUUGUAUCGCCCCUUUGGGUGGGGGCGUUGGCCGGCGCCAUGAGUGAGGCAGGCGCCGACUCCUCCACAGUGGGCUUGACUAUGCUGGCCUUUGUCACCGGGCCCGCCUUCCUGGGUGUUGUAUCUUCAUCAGAAUCAGCUCAGCAGUUCCUGUCAAUGGAUUCUUUAAACGAUUUUCGAAAUAAAGGUACAAGUCCGAACUUCGAGAAAACCAAGUUAGGAGGUAAACAACAUGUGAAAGUCCUCCAAGAGAAAGUUAUAAGUAUACCCAUGGAAAAUUAUGUGCAAAUUGGGCUUCCACAUGACAGUCCAGGAUUAGAUAAUGAAAGUAUCCCAACUCCGACAUCAACAAUAAACGAUUGUGAUCUCGCCCUAACAACCCCUGAAGCACCUAUAUACUCACCAAUAACCCCAAUAGACAAAUAUACCUUUUUGUCUGGAAAUAAAACAGCAAGUCCCAUAGGCAAAAACACUUUCCAGUCCAUAAAUUAUGAAAAUGCAAGCCCUGACUCAAUUCAGGACUCCGAAAUAUCUACGGCAAUAUCUGACGCACCGAUGAACUUUCCGGUAAUUUCAGAGAAUGAAAAUAUAAUUAUUGGCGAUAGUAGCGAAACUAAUUCACCAGUACGAUCGAUAUCAAUAUCACCUGAUCAACUAAACGUGAUUGAAUCGCUAUUGAAAUCUAAUGCUUUUGAAUUCGGAGACUUAAAUGAUGACAGUGUUAAAGAUCCCGACUUUGCUCCGGACGAUGAUUCAGAUGACAGUUCCUCUGAUGAUUCUACUCGUGUUUCCUCUAGUGUUUUGACUGUAGCAGAUGUUCAUAUAGAAAAACCCACAUCUUCCUUUCAUAUUCUUCCAUUAAGACAAAAAGGACAAUUACAAAGUAAUAAAAAUGAUGCUUCGUCACAUGUACCAAUGGACGGUGAUGGCAUUGAGGUUUUUACAGAAAUUGGAUCCGAAAGUCGAGAAAUGUUAGGCCAUAAUCCGGAAUUGCAUGCGUUUGUCCCGAAUGCACGCAAAAGAAGAGCUUCAGAAAAUGAUUUGUUGGAAACUGCAAAAUCUGUAAAAAAAGUAAGAAGGAGUGCUUCGCUGUCAGGUCUUAUUCUGCCACUCGAGCAAAAUAAACCUAUUUCUCCGAAAAAAAGGGCUCGUUCUGAUCCCACAAAGUGGAAACGUUAUGUACAAAGGGAGAAACGUGCCAGAGGAGAAGCAUACAAGACCGUUAAUGGUAAAGACAUUGCAGCAAGACCGAUAAAAGAACCUAGGUGUGUGACGAAACCAAAACAUAAAUGUAAUGAAAACGUGCCAAAAUCGUUAAGAGAAAGUAUUUACAAUUCUUUCAGGUCUCUGAAAUCAUUAGAUGAGCAACGCCACUUUAUAGCUCUACACGUACAUAGAGAGCAAAAAAAACGAUCAACAACGGAUGGUCCUUCGCGUAAAGAAUGUACUAACCAUUAUUCAUUCACAAUAGGCGAAAAUACGAAGGUCCACGUAUGCAGAGAGUUUUUUUUGGAUACUCUGAACAUAACAGAAGGUAUGGUUAGAGGAACAUUGAAAAAGGUUUCCUCUGAAGGUGUUCUCGAACAAGACAACAGAGGCCGAAAAUCCCCACCUAACAAACUCUCCGCUGACAGGUUGAAUGAUAUAAAGUCACAUAUAUUUUCAUUUCCCACCAUGGACUCACAUUAUUGCAGAAGUACCACAGAAUAUAAAUAUUUAGAGGCUUCGCUCAAUAUACAAACAAUGCAUACACUUUAUAAAGAGCAAUGUGUAGAGAAAGAACUUAUUCCAGCAUGUUCAGAAACAUACAGAAACAUUUUCAGAUCUUAUAAAUUAAAGUUUCAUGUGCCAAAAAAAGAUCUUUGCAAAACAUGCAUAGCUUUUAAAAAUGGCGACACUAGUUCUGACGAUCAUGCCAAACACCUGAAACGAAGAGACGAGUCUUAUCGGCGUCGGGAUGCCGAUAAAAACGCUGCAAAUAAUGAUGUGACAACUUUGGCAUUUAACUUUGAUUUGGAAGCUGUUCUCCAUACACAUAAAGGACCAGCAGGGCCUUUCUUUUAUGUUCGAAAGCUGGCAGUCUAUAACUUGACUUUUUAUAAGUUUGGUAACCAAGAUGUAGAUUGUUAUACUUGGGAUGAAACUGAAGGUAAUCGUGGCAGUAUCGAGAUUGCGACCUGCGUAUACAAAUACAUUGUCAAUAACGAAGGUAUCACACAUGUUAGAAUGAUGUCGGAUAAUUGUGGUGGACAACAGAAAAAUUACGCCUUCUGUUGCAUGCUCUUACACCUUGUCUCGACGCACCAAACGAUUGAAGUAGUAGAUCAUGUUUUCUAUGAAUCAGGACAUAGCCACAUGGAGUGCGACUCGGUUCACUCCAAAAUUGAACAAAAGGCAAAAAAAAUACCAAUUUAUACACCUGAUGGAUGGAUUCAAGUAAUGAGAACGGCUAGAAUGAAUCCCCGUCCAUUUAAAGUAAAUAUCAUGGGCCAUGAGGAGUUUCUGAACUUCAACUCUAACGAAGUAAAAUUUGCAGUAGAGGCUACGAAACGGCCGCGAAAAAAGAAAAGUAACAAAAGUAAUGAAGCCGAAGAGAACGCGUCUCAAGAUGAGACAGAAAAAAAAGAAAAAACUAAUUUCAGUAACGCAGUGUGGAUUCAGUAUAGAAAAGAGAGCCCCAAGUCAAUCUUUAUAAAGACUGACUAUAAUGAGACACAAUUCACAGAACUCAAAUUAAAACCUAAAAGAGGAAAAAGUGCUGCAAUAGUACCAGCUCGUGCUUAUGCAACCAAAAUACCCAUUUCAAAGGCAAAAAAACGGGACCUCAUGAAACUUUGUCAUGAUAAUCAGAUACCUAGGUGCUAUCACUCUUAUUAUGAGAGUCUUCCAGAUUCUGAAGAAUGCGAUAGGAAAUCGCAACACACAGGUGCAAUACAUCCUUGGAAGCGCCGCAACGAGCCCUACACGCAGACACCUAACAGCGAGCAUGACAUCCGUGUGUUCACGGACGGGAGCAAGAUUGAGGGCAAGGUUGGAGCCGCGCUAUCCAUGUGGAGUGGCGACACAGAAACGAAAGCCCUCAAACUUGCCCUAUCCGCAUAUUGCACGGUGUACCAGGCUGAGCUCUUAGCACUAAGCUAA